CUUGAUCGCGCGCGGUUUGCCGUUUUUCUGCGCUCUACACCCCCAACGCUCAACCAACGGCCGCCGCGAUGCCGUUGCAGUUCGAACUGUGCCCGGGCCGGCCAAUCGGCGGGGACCACCCCUGCUUCAUUAUCGCGGAGAUUGGCCAGAACCAUCAGGGGGACCUGGAGACCGCCAAGCGGAUGAUCCGAGUGGCUAAGGAAUGCGGAGCAGAUUGUGCCAAGUUUCAGAAAAGUGAACUAGAGCACAAAUUCAAUAAGCGAGCCUUGGAGAGGCCAUACACUUCCAAACACUCUUGGGGGAAAACUUACGGAGAGCACAAGCGCCACCUGGAGUUCAGCCAUGAUCAGUAUCGAGAGUUGCAGCGAUAUGCAAAGGAGAUUGGCAUUUUCUUCACAGCAUCAGGCAUGGAUGAGAUGGCUGUAGAGUUUCUGCAUGAUCUGGAUGUUCCAUUUUUUAAAGUCGGAUCCGGAGACACUAACAAUUUCCCAUACCUGGAAAAGACAGCCAAAAAAGGUCGCCCGAUGGUGAUUUCGAGCGGGAUGCAGUCAAUGAACACAAUGCAACAAGUUUACAAGCUGGUGAAACCUCUUAACCCGAACUUCUGUUUUCUCCAGUGUACCAGUGCUUACCCUCUUCAGCCUGAAGAUGUCAACCUUCGUGUCAUAACGGAAUAUCAGUCCACCUUCCCAGAUAUUCCUAUUGGCUACUCUGGUCAUGAGACUGGGAUAGCCAUUUCCAUUGCAGCAGUUGCUAUGGGUGCAAAAGUCCUUGAGCGCCACAUUACACUGGACAAAACCUGGAAAGGCAGUGAUCAUCAAGCAUCCCUGGAGCCAAAAGAACUGGCAGAACUAGUGAGAAGCAUCCGGAUGGUGGAGAAAGCCAUGGGGUCCCCAGUCAAGCGGCUCCUGUCCUGUGAAGUGGCUUGCAAUGAAAAGUUGGGAAAAUCUGUAGUGGCCAAAGUCCGGAUUCCUGAAGGUACCACACUUACACUGGACAUGCUCACGGUAAAAGUGGGGGAACCCAAAGGAUACCCGCCAGAAGACAUCUUCGACUUGGUUGGCAAGAAGGUCAGGAUAAAUAUUGGUGAAGAUGAAACCAUCGUCGAAGAUGCCAUUGAAAACCAUGUGAAAAAAGUGAAAUGCUAAUUUGUGAUUAUUUUGUGAAAUGGGACCUUGGGAAGCACUGUGGCAACAUACUAAAACCAGAAUGUGCUGAGGUUCAAAUGAAGGGUUUUGGGGAAGGGAACCGCAAUGUGAUUUUUUUCUUGUGGGUAGGCUAAAAUUUCAAUACAAUUCAGUGUAGUGCUUCUUGGGGGAUCUUUAGUUUUUCUUUAUUGUUGAAAGCUUUUUGCUAAGCCAUGACACACUAACCUACCCAGAGAGACUUUUCUGAAAGGUAGUGCAGGGCUUUGGAAAAAUAUGUAUUUGUGUGGGCAGGAUCAGUGCCAACAAAUGAAUGCCUCUUCAACAAGACGUGUGUUCCAGGCCUUUUGUAGUGUUUUCAGAAUUCAGAACGAGACGUUGCUAUGCUACUUGCAAUACUUCCAAGAUAUAUACUGUACAAGAAUCUCCACUGUGCCCUUGAUCAGAAGUUUUCUCCUUGUCCCAUCACAAAGAAUGGCAGAGGGAAAACUGAAUGUAUACAAGCUGUACAUGGUUGCUGCAGUUACACAACUAGGUGUGUAAACUUCUCAAAACAAAUCUUUUGGGGCAUAGGUGUGCUGUGUGUGCCUUCAGUUUUAGCUAUUCAAAUUGUGGGAGAUUCUGUUGUAAAUUGAGGCAAUGUAGAAGUUCUGGGAUAUAAUUUGGGACAGCAGUGAUAAAGGAAACAAUUCAUCUGACAGGAGAGCCUAUAAAAUAGCAUAGCAGGAGAAAUCAUGUGUCUAAUAACGGGCUGCCACUCAGAUUCAUGAGCAUUUAGUGGACUUUAACAUUUCAACCUGUCUCCACACCAUGAAGGCUAGUAACAUGGAGCUCUGUGAGAGAAAACUAACAGUUGCCUUCAUGUAUUUAUUUGGAAGUAAAAUCCCACUGCACUUGGGUGGGUGCACUACUGAGCAAGCAUGCUUAAGGUUGGAGUGUCAGACUGUCAAGGUUUUCCAGAUCAUGACUAUUCAAGAUUCAUUGUAAUGAAUCUAGAAAUGUUUCUAUUAGGUAAUGGGGCUUGCACACUUCUGCCUCAGCUUGAUAAUAAAUUAUUGUUGUUAUUAUUGAUAAAAAGGAAUGUGUUUCGCUUAAAAUGAAGGCCAGAGGUUGUUUUUACUUGAGCUCAAUUUGCUUUAAGCAUAAUCCCCAUGCAUAGGUUGUGGUACUGGGAUUGCAUCAGCCCACCCGCAUCGCUCUUGCUUCCCUCUGCACUGGGCAUCACAAUUCGAUGGAUUGUAUGCACAUAAGGCCUGAUUUGUGUAGACGGUGCUGUCACAAAAUCCAGGAAGCUGGAUGGCAUGACUCGGCCCUAUGUUGCUCUGCAAACGUUCUGUCCCAGGCUGUGGGUGUCACUGGAGCUUGGGAGGCAGGGGUGAGAGAGUCAGCACAAUCCUGAUCCCUCACUCUGUUCUGAUCAAAUGUCUGCACAGGACUUUUCUGAAUCAUGAUUUUGCUGUUAAUGAUUGAGUUAAACAAUGACAAUAUAA